GAGGAGCCCAUCACCUUCUGUGAGGAGGCCUUUGUGUCGCACUAUCGCUCCGGAGCCAUGAGGCAGUUCCUGCAGAAUGCCACACAGCUGCAACUCUUCAAGCAGUUUAUUGAUGGCCGACUAGACCUUCUUAAUUCUGGUAAAGGUUUCAGUGAUGUCUUUGAAGAGGAGAUCAACAUGGGCGAGUAUGCUGGCAGCGAUAAACUGUACCAUCAGUGGCUCUCCACAGUCAGGAAAGGAAGUGGAGCUAUUCUGAAUACUGUAAAAACAAAAGCUAACCCUGCCAUGAAGACUGUCUACAAGUUCGCAAAAGAUCAUGCAAAAAUGGGAAUAAAAGAGGUGAAAAACCGCUUGAAGCAAAAGGACAUUGCCGAGAAUGGCUGUGCUCCUACUGCAGAAGAGCCACUGCCAAAGACUGCGCCGUCACCGCUAGUGGAGGCCAAAGACCCCAAGCUCCGAGAAGACCGGAGGCCAAUCACAGUCCACUUUGGGCAGGUGCGACCACCUCGACCACAUGUUGUCAAGAGACCGAAGAGCAACAUCACCAUGGAAGGCCGGAGGACAUCUGUCUCCAGCCCUGAGCAGCCUCGGCCAUAUCGGACACUCAAGGAGUCAGACAGCGCGGAAGGUGAUGAGGCAGAGGGUCCAGAGCAGCCUGUGCAGGAGCCCCGGGGCCCUGUCCCAGCUCCGCCUGACAGGGCUGCCAGCGUCGACCUCCUGGAGGAGGUCUUUAGCAGCCUGGACGUGGAGGCCCCACUGCAGCCGCUGGGCCAGGCCAAGAGCCUGGAGGACCUUCGUGCCCCCAAAGACCUGCAGGAGCAGCCAGGGACCUUUGACUACCAGAGGCUGGACCUGGGCAGGAGUGAGAGGAGCCUUGGGAUGACGAUGGCCUUGAAGGUCACCCACCCAUACAACAAGCUCUGGAGCCUGGGCCAGGACGACAUGGCCAUCCCCAGCAAACCCCCGGCUGCCUCCCCUGAGAAGCCUUCGGCCCUGCUCGGGAAUUCCCAAGCCCUGCAUCAUAGACCCCAGCACCAGGAAACCCUGAAUUCCAGCAAUGCCGAAGCUCCCGCUCCCACUCCCACUCCCACUCCAGGCAACAUCACUAUUCCCCGGCCGCAGGGAAGGAAGACCCCAGAGCUAGGCAUUGUGCCUCCACCGCCCACUGCCCGCCCCGCCAAGCUCCAGGCUGCCGGCGACUUCUCAGAGCGGCUGCAGACAGACCGGGAAAAGCGCACUGCCCUGAGCCCAGCCCUAUUCCCAGGGGUCCUGCCCAGUGUCACCCCCCAAGGCCCCACUGAAUUGCUGCAGCCACUCAGCUCAGCUCCAGGGGCCACCAACAUGGGCAGCGAUGCCCUGCUUGCUCUCCUGGAUCCACUUAAUGCUGCUUGGUCAGGCAACACGGGCCCACCACAGCCUGCCACCCCAAAUGUGGCCACCCCACUCAUCCCCCAGUUCAGCUUCCCCCCCACGGGGACCCGCACCCCUUUCUCCCAGUCACCACUCAACCCUUUUGUCCCAUCUGUGCCAGUGGCACCGCCCACCCUUCCCCUGGGCUCCACCCCAGCCAGGCCUUUUGGGGCCCCUCCAGCUUCCCAGGGGCGGGCAUUUGCACCCAGCCUUCUUCUCUCCAGUUCCGGCUUCUGUGCCCCUCACAGAUCUCAGCCCAACCUCUCUGCUCUCUCCAUGCCCAACCUCUUUGGCCAGAUACCCAUGGGCGCCCACACCAGUCCCCUGCAGCCACUCGGCCCGGCAACAGUCGCCCCCUCGAGGAUCCGAACGUUGCCCCUGGCCCGCUCCAGUGCCAGAGCUACUGAAGCCAAGCAGGGGCUGGCCCUGAGGCCUGGAGACCCCCCACUCCUGCCCCCCAGACCCCCACAAGGCCUGGAGCCAGUGCUGCAGCCCUUGGCUCCUCUACAGGCCAGAGACCCCUUUGAGGAUUUGUUACGGAAAACCCGGCAAGACAUGAGCCCGAGCCCAGCCCCGGCCCCCAGCUCUGUAGAGCAGCUGCGGAGGCAAUGGGAGACCUUCGAGUGAGCACCUCAUGCUGCCGGUCAAGGCCAGGGCUCCCUCACCAUGUCUGCCCAGGUUCCGCUGGGGGGAAGGGAGCUUCUGCCCUCUCCCCCUCCACACUGCUCAUCUCUGGGGAGUGGCACAUAGUAGCUUGGG